ACAGUUGGUGAUAGUCUCUCCGACAUGCUUGUGAUCGAAGCCAUCUUGAUGUUGAAGAACCUCACAAUUGCACAGUGGGAUGCUCUGUACACAGAUCUCCCAAACCGACAACUCAAAGUGAAGGUUGCUGAUAGGCGGGUCAUCAGCACGACAGAUGCUGAAAGACGAGCAAUUGCACCUCCAGGGCUGCAAGAAAAAAUCGACCAUCUGACUCAGCAGUUUAAAUUGGCUCGGGCAUUUGUUCGUCCAUCUGGAACAGAAGACAUAGUCAGAGUCUACGCCGAAGCU